AUGACGGCAUAUGUCCUCCACAAGCAGGAUGGAUUCGUCUUACCCUUUACCUUGACUGUCAUCGAUACUCCAGGGUUUGGUGACACUGAAGGAAUCGAGGCAGAUGAACGAUUGAGAAAUAUGUUCAGGGAAUUUUUUACCGAUGGUGGAAACAUAGGUGUAGAUCAACUUCAUGGAAUCUGCUUUGUUGUUCCGGACUCUCUGGCAAGACAUACCCAAAAAUACAUCUUCGACUCAAUUUUGGCCCUGUUUGGAAGAGACGUGGAGAAAAAUAUUUACAUUCUAUUCACAUUUUCGGACGGUCAGAAACCACCCGCUCUGAGUGCAAUCAAUGCUGCAGGCAUCCCCUUCAGGAAAUCAUUUGCAUUGAAUAACUCUGCAUUCUUCGUCAGACCAGAUCCUGAUGAUUUGAGUAGAAUGAUCUGGAAUAUGGGAAAGUCCAGCUUUCAGAAAUUCUUCGACGACUUCCUGAAGACAGAGCCUGUGAGUCUAUCACUGACGAAGGAAGUCCUGCAGGAGAGGAAGCAAUUGGACGUAGCACUCCAGGGGAUCCUACCUCAACUUCAGAACGCGAGUGAUCAUUACAACAACCAGUAUCGCUUCGAAUUAUACGAGGAAGAAGAGACAAAUACGUACAUGGACCUGAAAAUAAAAUAUGAAUCGGCGCAAGGACGAAAAUUGAAAUCUGAGGGUGUUCUAAAAGCACUCAUCAGGGAAUUCAACCAAGAGAGAGCCAAGAUUUUAGAGCUGGCCAAGAGGGCGCACAAGUGCUUGCAGAGACUCGAAGUAAUAGCCCUGAAGCCUGAUCCUUUGCGCCUCACCGAUUACCUUGAUAUCUUGAUAGAGAGCGAGAGACGAGACGGAAAAGAUGGCUUCAUUCAGAGGAUCAAAUACCUUGAAGACGCAAAGAAGAAAGCGAAUUUAGUGGAAUUUAUCAGUGGGGAAAUGGAUCCUUUCGAGGAAUGUAUGAAAGAAUUCAAAGAACAAGGUAUGGAUAUUUCCAUGUUUGACCCGGAUCCCAUAAAGGAUAAAUCUCUGAUGACCAAGGCAUGGAAAGGAGUCAAGGUCAUGUUUGGUUUCCGUGGCAAAGACAAGGGCCCGUCAAGUUCAUAG